AUGGACUUCUCAGAUGCCUUUCGGCUUGUUAACCUUGGUGUUGGGGGUUUGAUGACAUUUGGUGGUGUUUGGCAUAUCAUUUCGCCCUCAUUCAUGUUCGGUCAUUUGAUUGUUGGUAUCUACGGUAUAUUAUUUGGACUUGCUGUCCUCCUCCUCGAAUUCCAAAUCCCUCCACAGCUAUCAAGAUAUGCGUCUUUCCUGUUCUCCUUCCUUGGUCGUGGAAUCUUCUACAUUUUCUGCGGAUCUAUUCUCAUCGGUGACGGUACAAUCAACAACAUUAUCGGUGGAGCAAUCGCUCUUGUAGGAGUUGCAUACGCUGUCCUCGAAUUCAUUCCCUCCAUCGAGCCUCCACAAAACAUGAGGGAAGCUGACGGUGGAUGGGGCGCCGAGCAAGUUUAA